AUGAACAUCAGCCUUCGCUCCAGUCAAUCUUCCUACGGAGAUCCUCGCUACCUGUCAACAGCGACCGUCUCAGAUGUUCACAAUCCCUCGCCGCUAGGGAAAUCCCUCGUAGAGGGCUACCGCGAUGCGGUGAGUCCCCAGCCUGAAGACCGCGCGCGGUAUAAUCCGUUCAACUCGGAUCACCCGCGAAGCUCCGCCCUCGUUAAUACCAACGAUCCCGUGACGAUGUACCUCUUGACCGAAACGGCUAUAGGCGACAGCACCAACUACGAAGUUCUAUCGUUUGAGGAGGUGGAGGACCUGAAGAAGGAGCGCACACUUCUUUCCAGUCGUAUCGAGGGUACGAAGAGAAAGCUAGCGCUGGAGACUAAGCUCCGCGAUGCGGCUCAGUCUAUCGGUCGCUUAUACAGUCCUCCCAGUCCCCGGAGUAGCGAGGAGUAUGGCACAAAUGGAAAGGCGCAUCGGAGGAGCCGCAGCAUUUUUGGCCGGAGUGGAGCAACCCAAGUCCUUGAGAAGAGUGACUCGGAGCUUGCUACGAGCCAGCGGAAAUGUGAAGAGUUGGCGCAGCAGUUGUGGAAAUUGGAACAGAGAUCUCAGCAGAUUAACCAGCGGUUGCUGGAACAUACUGCUGGUGUGUUGAAAAUGACCCAUAAGGGCAUGAGGAAGACUCCCAAAGAUUCCGAUGCGAAGAACCCUGAUGAUCUUUACGACGGCCAUGAUUUUGAUGAUCGCCAUUUGUACCGAACACCGGAACACAUGGACAAUUACGGCUUGAACGGUCGAAUUGAUAUAAAUCCCAAUUCUGCAACUGCCGCGGUAGACCAUGAAGCUUUCCAGGCGACGGAGAGACGACUGGAGGAAUUGAGCGAGCGCAUAUGCAACAUGAUGAUUCAAUCCACUCCAGAUGAAUUUGUGGACCCGCCGCCGCAAUCGAGUGAUUCGGGUGAUAUAUCUGGAAGUGUUGAGGCGCAUUUGGCUUAUAUUGAAGGCGGUAUGAACACUCUGGCUGCUCGUAACCCACACCCUACGAAUAUUGGGCCUGGUACUGCGUCUGAAGCCGAGGGUGCAUGGCGUCAACACCUGACGGUUAUCAAUAAUCGGGUUCAAAGCAUCGUUGACCGAUUUGGUUUAACUCGAUCGCCUACUCUACCACCGCCUCCUACUGCAACUGAUGGCGAAGGUUUGGAAGAGCAGCUCGGAUAUCUUCAAACUGGUAUCGAUGGCUUAGAAAGCCGCGUGGAUGGUGUGCUAGAACAAAAGAGCAUUCUCACCACCCAGAUCCAGCAGCAACGCGAGCUCAACUCCAAAUCUGAUGCAGAGCGUGAUGCUCAUAUUGGCGAUCUGACUGAGCAACUAGCCCAUAUGCGGAAGGAUCUUGAGAUCGCUCAACGCGAAGGCAAGGCAGCACAAGAGGAGCUUGUGGUGAUGAUGGAUCAGCUCGAAAGCAUGCGUAGCAACGGCUCUUCUCAAGAGGAGGCCAAGGCUGCAUUGGUGCAGGCAGAAGGCGAGGUUGCUCGUCUCCGGAGCGUGGUCGACUCCCUGCAAAAUGAAGUGGAUGCCCGCACGCAAGAGGCCCUUGAAUCUAGCGAACGUGCAGACCAUGGCUCUUCCCAGCUGGAUAUUGCCCUCAAGCAGGCCCGUGAAGAGUCCGAUUCUCGUGUUCGAGAGGCUGUGACUGAAGCGGUGCAGGAGGCAACGGAUCAUCGGAUCCAGGUGGAGAACCAGCUAGCAGAGUCUGAGGUUCAACGUACCGAAGCUGAGCACCAUCGCACAGUCGCUGAGAGCAAGCUUGCCGAAGCUGAGGGACUCGUCUUGGAGGCAGAGGGUCAACGUACCAAGGCUGAAGAGAAAUUUGCCGAAGUUCAAGGUCUGGUCAUUGAGGCUGAAGGUCAACGCGCCGAGGCUGAACAUCAUCGUGCUAAUGCCGAAAAUAAACUCUCUGAGGCCGAAGCGCUCCUUGCACAGGCUGAGAAACGUUGUGAAGAGGCCGAGGAUCGGUUUGAAGAGGCUGAGAAGCGUUGUGAAGAGGCCGAGAACCAGCUUACGCACAAUGAUCAAAGGUCUCUGGCAGCGGAUCAACUUGCAGAAUCCGAGGAGAAAUAUGUCCAGCUCGAGCAACAGCUUGCACAAGUUGAAGAGCAACGCGCACAAGCUGAGCAGAAUGCCGAACAUCUGCAGAAUGAGAUGACGGAUCUUGAAGGCGAAGUUGUCCGAAUCACAACUGAACUUACAAUGGUCAAAGCAGAGCUGGACGGUGCUUACGGUACCCGAGCCCAGCGGGCCGCAGAAGGCGCCGUCAACCCUGAGAUCCAGGAGGAGCUUGAUGCUCUCAACAUUCGCAAUAUUGAGCUGGCACAAGAGCUCGCCGAGCUUCGUGGCAAGCAAGGCGGAGGUGAUAUUAAGAAGCGUGCCGAAACCCUUGAGAAAGAGCUCCGCGAGACUUUGGAAGACUACGAGGUUAUGACAAAGGCAAGCAUUGAAUUCGAGAAGGAACGUGAGCGGUUCGAGGGUGUCAUUGAUAGUCUCCGUGACCGCUGCGAGCAGCUAGAGACCCAACUUGGCGAGGAACGAAUCAGCUGGAUGAACCUCAGCAGCCCGACUACGAUGGGUCGCGAUCCUACUAUGGAAACCACCUCGACGAUGGUACUCAAGAACGAAUUCAAAAAGAUGAUGCGCGACACUCGUACCGAAAACAUGAAGAUUUUGAAGGCGGAACAAGAAGAACGUCGCAGGAUCGAGGGGCUUCUGCGAGCCCUGAGAAAGGAACACGCACAAGUGACAGGCAAACCUUUGCCCAGUCCUGUUGGAACUCCAUUAUGA